AUUCAUUCAAGAAGAGGCUGUGCACUUCGCUGUAAAGUCAACUCUGUUUAACAAGUGUACUAGAUAAGAUGGCAAAGUGUGUGGCAGUGAUCCUCUCUGGGUGUGGCGUGUAUGAUGGAACAGAAGUCCAUGAGGCAUCUGCUAUAAUGGUACACCUGAGUCGAGCAGGUGCCAAGGUUUCAAUGUUUGCACCUGACACUGAGAUGAUGCACGUGGUGAACCACUGUGAAGGUAAACCUGGGACAGAAAAGAGGAAUGUGAUGCAGGAGAGUGCCCGCAUCGCCCGAGGUGACAUCAUUGACCUGGCCAAGCUAGAUGUCUCUGCUUUUGAUGCGCUCAUCAUUCCAGGUGGGUUUGGCGUGGCUAAAAACCUGAGCGAUUGGGCCACCAAAGGCAAGGAGUAUUCAGUCAAACCCCAGGUGGAGAAGGUCAUCAAAUGUUUCCAUCAGGCAGGGAAGCCCAUGGGCAUGUGCUGUAUCUCCCCCGUUCUCGCCGCUAAAGCUGUUCCAGGAUGUGAGCUUACUGUGGGCCACGACUGCGAGUGCGAGAUGUGGCCGUAUGCUCAGGUUGCAAAAUCCAUUGUAGAACUGGGCUGCAAGCACUUGAACAAGAAUGUUGGCGAGGUGCAUGUUGAUAAGAAGAACAAACUGGUGACUACCAGCGCAUUCAUGUGCAACGCUCCCAUCCAUGAGAUCUUUGAUGGUCUGGGUGUCAUGGUCAAAGAAGUUCUAAAACUAGCCUAACUUAGUCAUUUCAACUGUCUCAAAUAAAUUAUGUAUAUAUACAGUAUAUUUCAGUGUUUUAACCCAUAAAGGUUAAAUGUGUCACAAUUGGUGACACCAGUUCAUGCUCACUAUUGGAAAAACAGUGUAAAGUAUUUGAUUGUAAAACCUUUUGCAGGUCUUUCACACUGACUGUCAAUGUUUGUGAUAUUAUACCAGUAAAACUGAGUUUCUA